CUCUAGCCAAUACUACCAAAAUGACGAUUCAAACGAUGUCAACCAAAAUUGUGAUAAAGUCCGGCGGAAAUGUGUUCCACGAAAUAUUCAACCAAAGACCUCAAAACAUCACCGACAUGUCCCCUUCUAACAUCCAGAGUGUCGAUCUUCACGAAGGCGAAUGGGGAAAAGUUGGCACCAUUGGUUCUUGGAACUACACUCAUGAUGGAAAACAAAAUAUGGCAAAAGCAGUGGUACAAAGCAUAGAUGAAGAAAACAAAACAGUUGUGUACAAGGUUAUUGGGGGCCAUCUGAAUGAGAUGUACAAGACUUUUAUCACAACCCUCCAUGUGGAAACUGAAGGAGAAAACAAUACAGUUACGUGGACAUUUGAUUAUGAGAAGUUGAGCGAGGGUGUAGAAGAUCCCACCUCCUUCAUGAAAUUCGUUACUUCUCUUACUAAGGACAUCGAGAAGCACCAUAAUAAAAAUAAUAAUUAA